GGUCCUUCUAGCAGCUCAGACUCAGGCCUGGAGCUGAUGAUGCCGCUGAACCAACUGCGCAGCUGGCUGAAUGCUGUGCUCUUUGGACUCCUGCUUCUCCUCCUCCAUGUGCAGGGUCAGGACUCAUCAGAGGCCAGGCCCAUCAGGAACACACACACAGGCCAGGUCCAGGGCAGCCUCGUCCAUGUGAAGGACACCAACAUUGGUGUCCACACUUUCCUGGGAAUUCCGUUUGCCAAGCCACCUGUAGGACCACUGCGCUUUGCACCUCCUGAAGCCCCUGAGUCAUGGAAUGGUGUGACAGAAGUGACCUCAUAUCCAGCUGCUUGUCUGCAAGACAUUAUGAUGACUGAGGAGGGCAUGAAGAGAAUGAAUGUGACCAUGCCUCGCAUCUCUGUGUCCGAGGACUGCCUGUACCUCAACAUCUACGCACCAGCUCAUGCCCAUGAGGGCUCCAGCCUGCCUGUGAUGGUGUGGAUCCAUGGUGGGGCACUGGUAACAGGUAUGGCUUCCCUAUAUGAUGGAUCCACACUGGCAGCCACAGAGGAUGUGGUGGUCGUCACUAUCCAGUACCGUCUGGGUGUCUCAGGCUUCUUCAGCACUGGAGACCAGCACGCCAGAGGCAACUGGGGCCUCUUAGACCAAGUGGCCGCCCUACGCUGGGUCCAGCAGAACAUCGCCCACUUUGGAGGCAACCCUCACCGGGUCACGAUUUUUGGCCAGUCAGCUGGUGGCAUAAGUGUGUCUUCACAUGUUGUGUCUCCCAUGUCCAAAGGACUCUUCCACAGAGCCAUCAUAGAGAGUGGAGUAGUUCUGACACCUGGUGCCAUAUCCAACUCCUCUGAGGAGGUUUACCAAAGGGUGGCCAACCUAUCUGGAUGUGGGGCCAAGGACUCAGAGACCUUGGUGCACUGUCUGAGAGGCAAGAGUGAAGCAGAGAUUCUGGCCAUUAGCAAGGAUUUCAAGGCAAUUCCUGCUGUGGUGGAUGGGAAGUUCCUACCCAGACAUCCAAAAGAUAUAUUGACUUCUGUGGGUUUUCACCCUGUCCCCAGCAUCAUUGGAGUCAACAAUGAUGAAUAUGGUUGGGCCAUACCCAUGGCUGUAGACUCUGGUGAGACAAUAAAAAAAAUAACCAGAAAGAACCUGCUGGCUAUUCUGAAGAAUGUAACAGCAGAAGUGAAGCUGCCUCCUGAGUCUAGUUACCUGAUAAUGGAAGAGUACAUGGGGGACACUGAAGAUCCUCAGACCCUUCGAACGCAGUUCACAGAGAUGGUGGGAGACGUCCUGUUUGUGAUCCCUGCACUCAUAGUAGCACAUUUUCACCGUUGCCAUGCCCCUGUCUACUUCUAUGAGUUCCAACAUCAAUCCAGCUUCCUCAAGGAUUUCAGGCCACCCAACGUGAAGGCUGACCAUGCGGAUGAGGUUCCUUUUGUUUUUGGGUCUUUCUUCUGGGGCAUGAAACUUAACCUCACUGAGGAGGAGACGCUACUGAACAGAAGGAUGAUGAAGUACUGGGCCAACUUUGCAAGACAUGGGAACCCCAACAGCAAGGGUCUACCCGACUGGCCCGUUAUGAACCAAAAGGAGCUGUACCUGCAGCUGGAUGUCCAGACUGCUGUGGGCCGAGCCCUGAAGGCCAGAAGGCUGAAGUUCUGGAUGACAAUCCUGAAGAAUAUCCAGGAGCUAAAGGAGUCUCAGGACAAGCACAAAGAGCCCUGGAUCCCUGUGUGAGGAACGGCGUGUGGGGUUAUCUGCUGAUGGAGUCAGCUUCAGGUUCCCUACACUGAGGAACCUGGGAUGAUUCUAACUUUCACAUAACAUCUGCACUUGUCUGUCUUUCUACAUGUAUCUUGGAUUCUGUGUACAUGGCUCCUUAUCCUGCUGGGUCAUCUUUUAUUAGACACACUCAAUAUGUGUUUGCAUAACUGUGGAUUUGUGAGCCUCAAAGUGCCCCAU